AUGUGGAGAUUUUUGUUGCUUGGUCAAUUUUUAUACAUUUUGGCUCGAUGCCAAGAGGAUUUUUGUGACUUUUCGCGUGGAAUUUGUGGAUGGCAUCUGGCGGAACCGUGGAAUGUCGUUGGAAUGGCUGUUUUUGGCGGGAAGCCGGAGGUUUUGAAAAGUGGUAUGGUUUUUUUGGGAGGGAAAAUUUGAAUAUGAAAAAAAAUAAAAAAUUUGUUGACCACCAAGAACCGAUCCCCGCACCUUCUGGCUCAUAAAAUCCAGGCGCUGCUUAUUUUUCUCUGCGUCUCUCAAUGUUAUACAUAGGCGCUGCUUAUUUUCGAAAAAGUGGGCGGAGCUUAGCAGCGCCUAUGUAUUAUUUAGAGAGACGCAGAGAAAAAUAAGCAGCGCCCACUUUUUUCAAAGAAAAUAAGCAACGUCUAGGUAAAUUGUAUGAAUCACAAGGUCCGGGGAUCGGUUCCUCAUGAGCCCUACUCACUUUUUUUUUUAAACAGAUGGUCCAUUUUUGUUGGCUCAAGGCAAAUUUGGAGGAAUCCGACAAUCUCGCGCUAUUUCUUCGCCGAUUCCAAAAUCCAAAAAUCUUCGAAUUUUCGCUUAUAAAUAUCAGAGAAAAGGAGAUGCUAGACUUAGGGUAACUCUAUUUUUUUGAAAUUUUUUCAAAGCAAAAUUCAAAUUUUCCAGAUUUAUCUGAAAAAAUCUGGAAAUUUCGCUGAAACUGAGAAUCACGAGAUGUUACUUGAUACAAUAAUCGAUGAACCACAAAAUUCUGCCACGUGGCAACGGCGGAGCGUCGUUUUGCCCCCAAUUUUGGAAGAAGAUACACAGGUACGAUUUGAGGAGCCUUUGAAAAAAAUCAGAAUUUUUUCCAGAUUGUUUUCGAGUGCUCCAACAUUUUCACCUCCGCGGAUUUGAUUGCAAUUGAUGACGUGGAAAUUGCCACGUCAUCAAAUAAUCGAAAAGUGCUUGAAAGGGAGAUUAGGAGGAAAUGUAAGUUAAAAUGAGCAAUGUCGUCGUUUUCAGCGCGAAAAAUUGAUCUAGAAACAAAAAAAGUAGGUAGGGCUCAUGAGGAACCGAUCCCCUGACCUUCUGACUCAUAAAAUUUAGGCGCUGCUAAAUUUGUUGGAGGAGAAAAAUUGGGCGCUGCUUAUUUUUCUCUGCACUCUCUCAAAAUAAUGCAUAGGCGCUGCUAAGCUCCGCCCACGUUUUGAAAUUAAGCAGCGCCUAUGCAUUAAAUUGAGAGAGCGCAGAGAAAAAAGAAAAUGUGGGCGCUGCUUUUGUUGCAGCGUGUUUUCGGCGUCAAAACACGCUGCAAACUGCGCCAAACUCAGAAAAUUCAAAUUUUUUCCAGCUCCCUCUUCAAAAUGCCCCCUAAAAUGCUCAUUUUUCUCCACCUCUUGUCAAUUUCACACCGUAAACACACAAAAUCUCCCGAAAAAAAUCGUCAACGAAAAUUCGGGUCUCGCAACGAUCACCUCGGAUUUUGUAGUUCUCCCGGACAAGCCUAUUUUUCUCGAUUUUCAAAUUGUCGACUCCGCCGCCUCUCAAACUACAGUAACCUUGUCGGAGAAGAAAUUUGGCGCCAAAAAAGAGAUAGUGUGGAAAAAUGAGAGAGUUUUGAGAGAUGUUGCGGGAGGAGGAGAAGGAAGGAGAAUUCGAAUUCCGUUGAAAAAUUCAAAUUCAAAUUCGAAUUUUGGCGCAAAAAAUGGAAUUCAAAUCGAAAUUGCGAUGGAAAAUCCGGGAAACGCGGAUUUUGUGGCGAUUUCUGAGAUGGAUUUGGUGGAUGAGAAUGGCGAGAGUGUAGAGUGUGGUAAGGGUUUUUUUUUGUUGAAGAUUUUCGAAAUAUUCAAAAUUUGUUUUAAAAAACGCUUUUUUUUCUCUGCGUCUCUCAGAGGCGCUGCUUAUUUUUUUUUAUUAUUCAAAAAAAAUAAGCAGCGCCUAUGUAUUAUUUUGAGAGAGCGCAGAGAAAAAUAAGCAGCGCCUACUUUUUCUCUGCGCUCUCUCAAUUUGAUACAUAGGCGCUGCUAAGCUCCGCCCACUUUUUCGAAAAUAAUAGCAGCGCCCAUGCAUUAUUUUUCUCUGCGUCUCUCAUAGGCGCUGCUCAUUUUCUCUUUUUCCAGCCGCAUCCCCCUCAAUUUCUCCAAUCAUCUCCACGUCUUCCACAAAUCGUCUCACCGCUCUCCAAAACCUUCAAUUCCCCCUCCUCGAAAAACUACAGUACCAGCCGCCUACAGUAGCCCUACAGUACUCCAAUGAUGAAUUUCCAAUUCCCAAUGUGGAAAGGGUUUUCAAGGAUUUUGCUCCAGUGAGCUCGAAAAUUGAGAAUUCUGCAGUACUUCCCAUAACUCCGACACAUGUCACAGCUCGCGGAUUGCCAAUUUUCGCACCCAUUUUUAAAUUAUAAAUUAUUUAUUUAUUGAUUUUCGCUUAAAAUGAGCAAUCGCAUCAUUUUCAGCACGAAAAAUCGAUCUAGAAUUCCAGAAAAAAAAAUGUAGAUCGCAUGAAGAAUCGAUCCCCCGACCUUCUGACUCAUAAAAUUUAGGCGCUGCUUAUUUUUCUCUGCGCUCUUUCAAAAUAAUGCAUAGGCGCUGCUUAUUUUCAAGCUCCGCCCCUUUUUUGAAAAAUAAGCAGCGCCUAUGCAUUAUUUUGAGAGAGCGCAGAGAAAAAUAAGCAGCGCUUGAAAUUUUUCAAAACAAAGUGGGCGCUGCUUUUUUUUCUCGUUUUCUCUGUGUCUCUAAAAAUAAUACAUAGGCGCUGCUUGUUUUGUAUUUUGCAGCGUGUUAGCGUUAAAACACGCUGCAAAAUUCAAAUUCUCGUGUAAAAAUACAGUAAUCCGAUCCUGUCCCUUUAAAAAGCACAAAAAGGAUACAUAUUGUUUGCGGUUUCAAAUAUAAAUAAACAAACAAACAGAAAUCGAGUGCUCACACAGAAAUUCGCGCGCAGAGCCACCAAAAAUUUUUGACACAAAAUUUCGCUGUCAUUUUUUCUUCAGUUUUCUGUAUGGAAAAUCUCGGCAUUGCCAGGUAUAUUUUGAGAAAAUCGCAUUUAAUUGGGGUACUGUAUUCGAUUGCGGCAAGUAUGGAAAUUCAAAAUGAAGAAAAUUCGUGGUGGUCAAAAUUUCAAGACGAUUUGAUGGAUGAGGGAAGACCGAAUCAGAAAUUGGAGAUUAUUUUGAAGUAGGUCAAAAAAUUCUAUUUUUUGCGUUAAAAAUUGUUUUGCAGCGUGUUUUGACGCUAAAAAUACGCCACAAAAUUUAAAAUUUUUUGCAGAAUGUGUAUAAUUGGAACGUGUUUCGUGUGCUUCACGGCGUUUUUAGGAGCUUGUGCACUGUUUUUACGGAAAUGUUUUUAUCGAUUUGGCGAGACGAAAAAUGUGGCGAUUAAGUGUUAUCCGUGA